GCUAGCGAAUGUCCGGUGGGUUACUUUGGAAAAUCAUGUCAGUAUUUAUGUCAUUGCAAAAACUAUGUAUGUCAAAGAGAUGGGCGAUGUACAAGAGGUUCCAUCUGUGAAGACGGUUGGUUCGCACUGGGAUGUCAGUACAGUACGUUGUUACUUUUUUAACGCAUCAGUACAUUUAGUGUUUUCAUAUGUUUGCUCACAGGACAUCAGUUUAUUUCAUAAAUAUUUGGAAUUUCGGUACAAUAUUGGAGAACACCUGUCAAGUCGGUUCAGCAUUUCGUUAAAACGAAUUGUAAUGUCACGCUUCUAUUUUUUUUUUUUGGUGCAAAUUCUAAUGUCAAGCGCGGUGAGCCUAGUUCUAAUCUAAAAUACCUCAUUAAAUAAGACCUCUCAUUAUUAUUAAUGAUAAUAAACUAUUGUCAUAAUUUAAAAGAAGGAAAUAUUGAUAAUAUUGGCAUUGCUAACGCUAAACCUAACCCUAACCCUAAACCCUAAGCAUAAACCUUAACCCUAACCCUAAAACCUAACCCUAACCCUAAAACACAACCCUAACCCUAAACCCUAACCCUAAACCCUAAACCCUAAACCCUAACCCUAACCCUAACCCUAAAACCUAACCCUAACCCUAAACCCUAACACUAACCCUAACCCUAAAACCUAACCCUAAACCCUAACCCUAACCCUAACCCUAACCAUAAACCCUAACCCUAACCCUAAACCCUAACCCUAACCCUAACCCUAAAACCUAACCCUAACCCUAAAACCUAACCCUAACCCUAAACCCUAACCCUAACUUUAAAAAAAAAAGAAUCUAACAUAACUUGUACAGUUUUAUUUUAGAUACGUUGCUAAAUAUUUGUUUUUAAAUGAAAUGCUUACACUUUUUUGUGUGGAUAAAAUGAUCACCAGCGGUAACAUAUUCAAACAUAUUUUCAAAAAAAAUGUUAAGUACAUGACCUUUGUUUCAAAAGAUGACCUUGCCAUGGGCAGUGAAGCCAGUGACCCACUUUUGACCGAUAACAACGACAGCUCUUGUUACGUUCCACCAGAGAACGUCAUCAGUGCUAACCUGACAGAACCGUUUGUCUAUACUUGGGUCCGUGUCGUAUUCACUAGUUACGGUACGUGA